GCAGCAGCAAGUAGCGGCAGCGACAGCAUGCGGGAGGCGAGGUUCAGGGACCACUUCUGGAGCACGGAUCUGACGAGCACCGUUGGCUAUGACAGCAUCAUUCAACACCUGAAUGAUGGCAGGAAGAACUGCAAAGAGUUUGAAGACUUCCUGAAGGAAAGGGCAGUUAUAGAAGAAAAAUAUGGCAAAGAGCUCAUUAACUUGUCAAAGAAGAGGCCUUGUGGGCAGACAGAGCUGAACACACUGAAGAGGUCCCUGGAUGUCUUCAAGCAGCAGAUAGACAACGUGGGACAAGGUCACAUCCAGCUGGCACAAACCCUUCGGGAAGAGGCAAAGAAAAUGGAAGACUUCAGGGAAAAGCAAAAACUGCACCGGAAAAAGAUAGAGCUGAUAAUGGAGGCAAUUCACAAAAACAGGAAUGUGCAGUACAAGAAGACCAUGGAGGCCAAGCGCCUCUACGAGCAGCGCUGCAGGGAUAAGGACGAGGCGGAACAGGCUGUGCAUCGCAACGCUAACCUAGUGACACAGAAGCAGCAGGAGAAGCUGUUCCUGAAGCUGGCUCAGACAAAAUCAGCUCUGGAGGACUCAGAUAGGAACUACCAGCAGAAUGUCACCACACUGGAGAAGAUCCGGGAAGAAUGGCAGAAAGAGCACAUCAAAGCUUGUGAGUUCUUUGAGACUCAGGAGUGUGAGCGGAUCAAUUACUUUCGCAAUGCCCUUUGGCUCCAUGUCAACCAGCUGUCCCUGGGCUGUGUGCAGAAUGAUGAGAAAUACGAGGAGAUCCGCAAGAGCCUGGAGAUGUGCAGCAUUGAGAAGGACGUCGACUUCUUCGUAAACUUGCGCAAAACUGGAAGCUUGGCUCCAGCUCCUGUUGUUUAUGAAAACUACUAUAACACACACAGAAAUGCAGCUGCUGUGAGAAGUCCGAUUACUGUACCUAUAUCCAGGAGGGGACCUCUGCCCACCCCGACCAGUGCUCCAGGUGAGCCUGAUUACGCCACAGUCGAUGGUUACAGCUUGAUUAAUCACUAGCUGCCACAGUAAGUACUCACACUUGAUGA